UGCUCAGAAGUCGCGGUCCCCUGAAGGGCGGAGCCUUAAGGUUCCAAUCUUGCAACAUGGGGCGCUGGCUGGUUCUUUUGCUUCUUUGUGGGCUCUCGCAGAUUUUGGAAAGCUCUGAGGUGGCGCCAGGGAAUUUUCCCUUCCGCUGCCUCCAGAUCUCCUCGUUCGCCAACCGCACUUGGACGCGCACGGACGGCCUGGCAUGGCUGGGAGAGCUGCAGACGCACGUUUGGAGGAAUGGCUCUGACACCAUCCACUUUCUGAAGCCCUGGUCCCAGGGCACCUUUAGCCGCCAACAGUGGGAGGAGCUGCAGCACAUACUUGGGAUUUAUCGAAGAAGCUUCACCAGGGACAUACAGGAACUCGCCAUCAUGCUGCCUGUGGCCUAUCCCAUUGAGCUCCAGAUGUCUGCUGGCUGCAAGGCAUACCCUGGAAAUGCCUCGGAAAACUUUUUACAUGUAGCACUUGGAGGAAUACACGUCGUGAGUUUCCAGGGAACUUCUUGGAAAUCAGUGCCAGGAGCCCCUUUUUUGGUAAAUCGGGCCGUCGAAGAGCUGAACAAGGACCGAGGAACAAGGGAAAUGGUGCAGUCGCUUCUCAAUGACACCUGUCCCCAGGUGGUCAGUGGCCUCCUUGAGGAAGGGAAGUCAGAACUGGAGCAACAAGUGAAGCCCAAGGCCUGGCUGUCCCAGGGACCCAGCCCUGGGCCUGGCCAUCUGCAGCUGGUGUGCCACGUCUCUGGCUUCUACCCAAAGCCCGUGUGGGUGAUGUGGAUGCGGGGCGAGCAGGAGCAGCCUGAAACUCAGAAAGGGGACAUUCUACCCAAUGGUGAUGACACAUGGUAUCUCCAAGUGACCCUGGAUGUGGUAGCUAAGGAGGCCGCUGGUCUGUCUUGCCGAGUGAAGCACAGCAGUCUAGAAGGGCAGGACAUCGUUCUCCACUGGGCUGCAAGUCACUCCUCCAGCAUCAUCUGGGUUGUUCUGCUGUGCCUUGCAAUCCUGGUGAUCAUUGGGUGCUUAAUCAUCUAUAUGAGAAGGGGCCGCUCCUAUCAAGAUAUCCUGUGAGUAGCUAAGAUUU